AUUUCUCCUUUCCCGUUGUUCUUCCGCCCUUUGGUUUCCUUCGCUGUAAAGGGAACGCUGGUCUGCGACUUUGACCUCGAAACUGCGUAAUCUCAUCGUCGAUUCAAGACAGGACACACACUUAAUGGGGCCUUCUUGUCCCAAUGGGGAACCUGCGAUUGACACAUUAGACUGGAGAACUCAAUUGCAAUCUGAUGCACGUGAGAGCAUUGUCAACAUGAUAACGGAAGCACUAAAGAAACAACACCUUCCAUUUUCUGGACCAGAGGGAGUCAACGAGCACAGUAAAAUUGCCUCCAGAUUUGAGGAUAAAGUUUUCAACAAUGCUGCUAACUUGUCUCAGAAUGAUUACCUUCGGAAAAUAUCCUUAGAGGUGCUGACGAUAGAAAACACGGUUAAAAAUGCAGCUGAGCCCACCACACCCUUGAAUUCGUCGGCCGGUAAGGCUAAUGUCGAUGUAGGAAGCCUAAUGGACAAUAACAGUCUGAGGCCUUCUUAUCUUCCGAACAGAGAACCUGCCGUGGACACAGGAGACUGGAGAACUCAACUGCCACCUGCUACUCGCAGGAUGAUUGUCAACAAUAUAACGGAUACACUAGUGAAGCACCAUUCCGGGACAGAGAGAACCAACGAGCUCAGGGGAUUUGCUGCCAGAUUGGAGGAGAAUAUUUUCAACACUGCUGAUCACCAGAUCGAUUACCUUCGCCAAAUAUCCGCAAAGAUAUCUCUCCUUGCUGCCAGCAACAGCCUACCCUUGGAUCUAGGUAAUCUUGGCAUAAACAGAGGUGACUGGAGAACUCAACAUCCACCAGGUUCACGCCAGAAGAAUGUCAACAAGCUAUUGGAAACACUGAAGAAACAUGUUCCAUAUUCUGGGAAAGAAGGAAUUGAGGAGCUCAUGAGAAUUGCUGUCAGCUUCGAGGAGUUAAUUUUCAACACUGCGAGAAAUCAGGUGGAUUACUUAAGCAAAAUAUCCUUAAAGAUGCAGAGUUUGGAAGAGGCAACCUAAGUCAAACAAGGGGAGUGUUCUCAAAGCGGUUUAAAUUAUUCUAGGAAUAGCAAGUCCAUAUACAUAUUUGUAUAUAAAGAACACACCUUGAAGAGUUAGAAAGGAAAUACGUGGAUAAACAUGUCAAGUGUAUACU